UCUUUGCACUCAAGAUGGAUAUGGUCCAUUUGUUGUCACUGUAUCGCGGGAUGAAUACGGGUCAUUUGACCGUUGAUGAACUCGAACAUGAGCUGAAGAUCCGCGACAUUCCGUUUGAUUCAUCGCGCAGCGUAGCCGAACGUGCGUUGCGUAAUCGCCUAAAAGAAGAGAGAGAAUUAAAACAUGUUGUGUAUGAGCAAAUGAAUGGUUCAGUGUUGGAUGAAUUGGAAGCGUGUGAGUUGAAAGUGAGUGAGAUUAAGUCCCACUUGGAAAGCCGGAAAUCCAAGCAAGCACCAGAACAGUCGUUCAAGACUAGGAUUCUGCAUUGCGUUUUCCGCUUGGAACGUUUGAGAACAUACACCACCAAGGAUGAUGAACUGAAUUCAUUAGCAGAAACAGCUCGAGCGUGUAUGAAGCUGCUGAACACUUUCUUUUCCAUUUCGUCACAUUUGCCCGAAGUACGUGAAGCAGAGUUAGCACUCAUUAACCAGAGUCUAACGGAAAUAAUGAAGAAGCAGGAUGCGGAAAAAGGCAAUGGAAAAGUUGUGGAAGAAGAUAAUGAAUCUUGGAAAAGUACCGAAGAGAAUAAUGGAGAGGAAAUUGCUGGAAUUGUUGGUGAAACUGGAUCUGUUAGUGGAAAUGGUAAAGGAAAUGGUAGUGGAGUUGGUAGUGGCGUUGGUAGUGGAAAUAGUGUUGGAAAACCCGGUGACGUGGAAAGGGCUGAAUUUGAACAGUGGAAAGAACAAAAAGUGGAACUAAUUAACGUGGUCAACAAGUUGUUGGAACACAUUCAAGUUCUAGAAGCGAAACAGGUUGAGAAAGAGGUGGAGAAAGAAAAACCGGAAGUACAGGCCAAGCCAGCCAACAGUACGCAAGUUGGAGUAGACGCGAACAAGGACAAAAAGGACGAGGGGAAAAGCCAGCAGAAUCCAGGAGAUUUUCUCGCGUGGCUCAACCAACGAAAUAGUUCAUUGGGAAGCUUCGGUAACUCAGAGAAUGAACAUAACAAACCAGAGGAAGUUCAUUCCGGCAAGGAUGAACCGAAGGAAAAGAAAACCGGAUUUGGUAGGAGUUUACCGGUGCAUAAGUGGACGGUUCGUUAUGACGGGAUGGACAACGGGAGGAAACUGAACGAGUUUUUGAAGGAGGUGGAGUUCAACGCUCGUUCAGAGAACAUUUCUGAGUCCGAGUUGUUCCAGUGUGCGCAUCAUUUGUUCACGAGGAAAGCACGUUCUUGGUUCAUGGAAGUGAACGGGAAUAAUGAACUGGGUUCAUGGAAGAAGUUGGUGGAGGAAUUGAAGAGCGAAUUCUUACCGAUCGACAUCGAUUACGUCUAUGAGCGGCAGGCCAACAAUCGCAAGCAAAUGUCCAGGGAGAAGUUCCAGGACUAUUACUUGGACAUGGUCCGGAUCUUCCGCUGUAUGACGAAUCCGUGGGAUGAGAAACGGAAGUUUGACGUUCUCUUCCGCAAUACUCGCGAGGACUGCCAAAUAGCGAUGCUAGCCGCAGAAAUCAAGACGAUUCCUGCGAUGAAAGAAUUCGGUAAGCGAUUCGACUCUGUCAAUUGGAAGCUGUAUCAGAAGGGAGAAAGGUACACGCCGCGAUCAGCGCACGUGGAGGAGGUGCAAACACAGCGGUCGUCGUACCAGAACACCGGAAAUAGGUACCAGAACUCGAAUCGUUUCCAGGGUGGAAACCGAUCGCAGGGUGGUUACCAACAACAAGGUCAGAACCAACAAAACCGUCCGUACUACAACAAGAACAACAGCAACGGAAACUACAAUCAGAAAAGCUCGUGGAAGCCAGAACAGCAGAGACAGCAGAGCAACGGAAAUCAGAAGGAGAACAAACCAAGGGUUGAAGAGAGGUCUCAACCGAAACCGAACACCCAGAAUCGCGAGAACAGCACUGCUGCAGGUUCGAGUGGAACCAGUGCCUUACAACGGAUUGUGAAGGCGUAUAUUCCGGUCAAACGGGAUAUUUGCUACAAUUGUCACGUUGCAGGUCAUGGCCACGAGGAAUGCCGGCAGGAGAGGAGCGUGUUCUGCGUGCGGUGUGGUUUUCCGGGUUUUUCUACGAAAGAUUGCCCGUACUGCGAAGCAAAAAACAUGCAAAAGACUGCUCAGUAGCCUGUCCCAUUUUGAGGUCAUGUCGAGGAAUUUCAGGUGCUCACUUCUUAAAUGAUAGAUUAUGAUGUUAGGAACAAUGUUUUCUUAGACAAGAAAAAAUAAUAAAAUACUUUCUCGCACCCCCUAGUCGAUUUACUAAAAAAAGUCUCUUUUUUGAACUAAUUUUCUAAAAUCGCUUGGAAUCAAUACAAAAACUGCUUCGAUCAGGUGUGUAUUAUCUUCAAACGAUAGGUUUUUGUCCAUAGAUUAAGAUGCACUAUCAAUAUUGGACCAAAAUUUAAGUUUUUGGACUCUACCAGGCGGAUUUGUGUCGAAAAAAUCGCAUUUUUUCAAAACUUUUUUCAGAAAUGUUCAUUUAAUUUAGGGUAGCCUAUUUUUCCCAGUGAAACCAAUGCAUGCAGCUUGUAGGAAAUUUCAUGGCGAACAUUUUUCCCUCUGAGAAAAUCCAAUUUCGACACUCCAGAGCCGAGAUAUUUGUGUUUUAGUAAGGAAAAAAGAGGCAAUUUUCAAAAUUUCUCAAAAUUCAGAAGCAAGGCCUACUAAUUACACGAUGUAGCAAGCAUAUGUCUCAAAGGUCAGGGUAUGCUUUUUUAUAGUAAUUUUGGCCGCUGAAUCCGAAUCUGAAAUCAAAUUUCGUGUAAACAGUGAUGUUUUGGAGCUACACCCUUUCGGAAUGUUAUUUGCGUGUUUAAGAGGCAGUUUUUGUAAAUAUUGCUCGGUUUGUUCUAGAGGUCGUAUCGAGGUGCUCCGAUUUGGAUGAAACUUUCAGCGUUUGUUUGUCUAUACAUGAGAUGAACUCAUGCCAAAUAUGAGCCUCUACGACAAAGGGAAGUGGGGUAAAACGGGCAUUGAAGUUCGAGGUCCAAAAAACAUAAAAAAUCUUAAAAUUGCUCGCAUUUUAGUAAAACUUCAUCAAUUCCAACUCUCUUUGAUGCAUUCGAAAGGUCUUUUGAAGCACUUCAAAAUGAAUGAGCCAUAGACAUCCAGGAUUGGUUUAACAUUUUCUCAUAGCUUUUGCUAAUUACUGUUAGAAAUGGUUUUUUUUAAACCUCAAUAUCUUUUUGCAACAGCCAGCAACACCCAUACUCUUUUAGUUCAAAAGUUAGGGAAUUUCAUGGACUAUAAGCCUACGGUAAUAACUUUUUGGCCAAUCGCAGUUUUCCUCAUAGUUUUUCGAUUUUUCUAGAACAAACAUUUUACAACGUUAGUUAUUGUCCCAUAGCGGCUGUUUUUAGUCUAACUUUUGUCAUAUUCGAAAUCCUCGGAAAAUUCAAACUUCAAUGCCCGUUUUUACCCCACUUCCCUUUGUCGUAGAGGCUCAUAUUUGGCAUGAGUUCAUCUCAUGUAUAGACAAACAAACGCUGAAAGUUUCAUCCAAAUCGGAGCACCUCGAUACGACCUCUAGAACAAACCGAGCAAUAUUUACAAAAACUGCCUCUUAAACACGCAAAUAACAUUCCAAAAGGGUGUAACUCCAAAACAUCACUGUUUACACGAAAUUUGAUUUCAGAUUCGGAUUCAGCGGCCAAAAUUACUAUAAAAAAGCAUACCCUGACCUUUGAGACAUAUGUUUGCUACAUCGUGUAAUUAGUAGGCCUUGCUUCUGAAUUUUGAGAAAUUUUGAAAAUUGCCACUUUUUUCCUCACUAAAACUCAAAUAUCUCGGCUCUGGAGUGUCGAAAUUGGAUUUUCUCAGAGGGAAAAAUGUUCGCCAUGAAAUUUCCUACAAGCUGCAUGUAUUGGUUUUACUGGGAAAAAUAGGCUACCCUAAAUUAAAUGAACAUUUCUGAAAAAAGUUUCGAAAAAAUGCGAUUUUUUCGACACAAAUCCGCCUGGGAGAGUCCAAAAACUUAAAUUUUGGUCCAAUAUUGAUAGUGCAUCUUAAUCUAUGGACAAAAACCUAUCGUUUGAAGAUAAUACACACCUGAUCGAAGCAGUUUUUGUAUUGAUUCCAAGCGAUUUUGAAAAAUUUGUUCAAAAAAGUGACUUUUUUUAGUAAAUUGACUAGGGGGUGCGAGAAAGUAUUUUAUUAUUUUUUCUUGUCUAAGAAAACAUUGUUCCUAACAUCAUAAUCUAUCAUUUAAGAAGUGAGCACCUGAAAUUCCUCGACAUGACCUCAAAAUGGG